CAUACUUCACUACUCUGAAACAGAGGAUGCAAUCCAACACAUUUUAUUUCUCUAAAAAUUGAAUCUUUUUAGCUUUAAAUCUCCAAUUCCUGUACGAAAAAUGGCUUCUUCUGACAAUUUAAUGACCAUGGAGCCAUGGGCUUUCCGUUCUGCUUUUGCUGAUUCUUGGUUUUCUGACGUAUACACCAGAGAAACUGAAACAUUAACCAAAGUCCUCCAAAAAUCUGCCUUCCCGGAACCGGAGAUGAACCCGGUUCAAACUUCGACCGGAACCAAUUCCGGUGGGUCGGAGAAUGAGACGACCGGUGUUUCGAAUCGGAGGAGCAAUAAAGUCCGAGUGAACGGGAAGAUAACUAAGAGGAAGUCACGUGCUUUAAGGCGUAAUACGACGACGUAUAUAACUGCUGACGUGGAUAAUUUCCGUGAAAUGGUGCAGCAGGUGACCGGAGUUAGAUUCGGCGGCGACGGGCAGUUGCCGGUUGCUCAUGUUCUGAAACCUGAACCCCAGCGUGUUGUCAACCGGCUACAGCCUGGUUGUUUUUUGCCUACACUUGACACGUCAGCUUUUUUACUCGAACAGUCAGCGGAACCCAUGCCGGCGCAGCCGCAGACGGCGGCGGAUGUGGUGGUUGAUGGUGGCUCGUGUGGAUUUGAUUGUAGCUCUUUUUCUGCCUUUCCUACCCUUGAAUCAUUCAUGGAAAACAGCAAUGUAGUUUAAUGUAACAGACCCUUUUCUGUAAUUUCACUUGGAAGGUGUAGAUUUUUGGACAAGUAGUAGAAAGGGUAAAAUGGGAAAAUUAAAAUUCUGUUCAUAGUUUUAGUUUUAAUUUUAGCUAAUCUAGUAUAUUAUUAUUUUUCCUUUUUUUUUCUUCAAGUAAAUGAGAAUAUGAAAGGAUAUGAGUUGUCAUAUCCUUUCAUUUUCAAUGUUUCAAUUGAAAUCUCAAAAUUAAUUCUAAUUAUCUUUUUAAGAA